AUUUCACCGAAACGACGCGGUCCGCUUCCAACUCAUGGCAGACGAGCGCGAAAGCUAUAAUAACACCGCCAUCUUGCGUUACCUGUGUCAACUUGAAGUAAAUUUGGUGAAGUAAUUUUGUGAUGUGGGCACGAUAGCCGUGGAAAAUAUAAUACCUAUUUGUUUUGCAAUCGUGCAUUUGGUUGAUCGAUUAUGAGUUACUAAAACAGUAAAAAGUGAGUCAUGUCAGACGCGAGGCAAGUGAAAGUGGACAACUGGGGAAUUUACUUCCUCCACAGACUAAAACAUUUCUUCAAUCGCACCGACUACUGCGACCUGACGCUACAGUUCCAGGACAAUGCGCAGCUCAAGGUGCACAGGCUGGUCCUCAGCGCCUGCACGGAGUACUUCGAGCUGCUGGAGCGCACGUGUGAGAUGUACGAAGACUGCUUGGUGAUGCCGGACGACCUGCAGGCGGAUGUCGUGGUCCCUAUCAUCAACUUUAUGUACACUGGACAGUUGGAAUUUAAACUAGAGUUAUUGGAGAAAUUGUAUCAAACAUCCCUAGUUAUGGAUCUACCCAUACUCACUAAACUUCUCGAAGCACACCGUCCUAUUAAAAAACUGCCCCCCGCUAAGCCAGCCAAGCCGGCCUUCACCUCUUCUGCAAACUUUUAUACAAAAAGAUAUUCAAAAACAUCCACUUCACAAACUCCACACCACAAAACCGUAGCCAGUAGCAGCAGCAACAAACGUUCAUUCUCUACUGCUUUCGACAACACAGAGUUGGAUCCUAUUGAUGUACCUAAAAUGAAAAAGCCAUCCUCAGAGAUGUUUAGCAAAGCAGAGUGCAUCAUUAAAAAUGGCAAUUCGUCUUCUUACCAGUUUCCUGUAUUUUCUGACAAAAAUAAAAAUUUGUCUUUGAAAGAGCCUCGUCCGACUCGGUAUGAGCUGCCUGAGGAGUUAGAUGAAGAACACCUUUUUGACAACUCGUUCACUAAUAUAUCGUAUGGCUCCAAACCCUUGAUGGUUCAUCCAGAAACAGUGACUAAACAAUAUGCGCCUAAGAGGAUCAAUUUAUUUGAUGAAGGUUCGAGUUCCAGUAGAUUUAUGAGCGGCAGUGCCAAUGAUAUAGUAGAAUGUAGAAAGAUCUCUACUAACGAAAGCAUCUUUUUAGAUCCUUUGGGUGACAGUAUGCAAGAUGAGAGCACUUUCCAAUCAACUUCAAAUAUCGACGCCAAAGACAACAGUGUUCUUUUUGAUCAAAUAUUAGAAAACAAAUCUUCAAAAAUAACUAUAGAGACCAAAAAUAGUGCUCAGACCCAGAAUUUAGAUCAUGCAAAAAUAAUCAGUGAAGUGCUCAAGAAAUAUCCACAUCUAGUUAAGAGCAACAAAAACAUUAAAUUAAAAAUUUUAAACACUACGAAGACUAAAAAGUCUAACUCAACAACUGAAGAAAAGGCAAAAUCUAAACAUGAAACUCCAGAUUUCACUUAUGAGUCUGAUGUUCUUAACUCAAAGGAAGCUGCUAAACUUAUUGCCUUGGGAGCCGAGAAUGUAGCAGGACCAUGGAUUUGUCUCAUUUGUGGUACACCAGGAAAAGCUUUGCAUUUUACAUCCUAUUUCAAUUUCCGUAAACAUCUAGUAGAAAUUCACAAUGAAAAGCCAAUACCAAGUAUUUGUGAAUAUUGUGGUGUGAAGUCACAGAAGAGAAACUACAUUGUUCAUCAUAAGCUAACAAAACAUGGAGUGCCAGCGCCUCCUGCAUACAAUUUUCCAAAAUGUAAUCACUGCAGUUACAUAGCUCUCAAUGAAGCUCUUUUAGUAAAACAUAAAACAAAUCAUACUUUAGACAAAGCAUUUAAAUACAAUUUGCCUUCUACUCAAAUGUCACAAAUUGCACAGAAAACUGGCAAAAAAUAUCCUACUCAAUCAGUUGACAAAAUAAGUAAGAUGCAAUGUGUUUAUUGCAUGAGAGUCUUCCUGCGUGAACACAACCUUUAUGCUCAUUUAAAGAUUAGUCACAAAGAAGCAGCAAGGAAUGAUGGCUUAAUUGAUGAUUCAGAAGAAGAACAAGAAGAGGAAAAGUUCCCGAACUUGAAAAUAGCCAAAAAUGAACCUUCUGAUAAUAUGGUUAAAUUAGAACUUCCUGUCUCUUUUGAAAACUCCUAUGAAGAUGUCAAUGAGCAAUAUCAAAUUGAGCAAAAACCAGAUGGAAGUAUUUGCGUAUCAGCUAAGAAACCUCGUGUUUUAUUGCCAGCUAAUAAAAACAAAAUAUUAAAUCUUGGCUUCAGCUCUGCACAGCAAAAUUUACCUUCAGUGGCACAGUCUCGAAAAACAGAUUCAAUGCAAAACACGUCUCUUAAAAGAAAUGAAUUUCCACAAAAUACAUAUCAUUCUCAAACAAGACCUACUUCUAGCGAAGAUACUGUGAUAAUUGACGACGAUGAGUAUUUUCUACAAGAUAAUCAACUAAUCAAGAAAGAAAAAGUGGGAGAAUAUUUAGUAUCACAUGCUUCAAAUGAUGCUGAAUCUACUUUGCCUACAACGUCUGUGGAGUAUCAUAGCAUUCACAACUCAAACCCUGAACGUAAAAUGCUAGGUAAAAAAUCAACACAAAUGACCCAACCCUACCAAAUAGUUGUUUCAAGUGAAGAAGAGUACAAAGCCCUUAUGCAAUCUAAUCAGGCUAUUUUAUAUGAUGAUGGAGAGCAAAAUAAAGUACUCCCUGAACUAGGAGAUCCUGACUCAUCGUUAGGAACAGGACCAAUAGAUUUAGACAACACACAAUCUAAUGACAUGAUGAUUAUCCCAGAUUAUCAUAUGAAUGUUCCUGAAACAGUUUCUGCAGAUAAUUCAAACAUUGUAGUAGUUUACAGCCAUCCUGUUGAAGAGCCAAAUAAACAGUACUCACUUAUAACAACACAAGGCCAUUUUGUUCAGCCUUCAGCUAUAAUAACACAAAACUAUGAGACUGUGACAACUUGUACUCCAAUGAUGAAUACACAUACCACAGUUGAGGGUUCAUGGCAGAACAAUAUCAAUGCAACUAUUAAUAAACAUAAUGUAACUCCCCCAGCAGAAUUGCAAACAAUGACUGUUGGUGAAUCAAUAACAAUAUCUCCAAUGGAAAACCUCCACAGUAACAAUUUAAAUGAAAUCACAGAAGUUCAGUUAACAGCUGCAGCGCCAGUAACAAUAGAAGUAGCGCAAACUGAAACAUGUACCAACACGUUCGAUGAAUCUAAUAUAAUAACUACAAUCAGUCAACCAAUUGAUAAUGCAUUAAUCUGUCAACAAAACGCCGUAAUUACUCUUGCAGAUGCAACUGUUCUUAGCAAUAUGCAACAUCAAGGUCAGAUCCAAUCUCUAUCUAAUAUAAAUAAUGAUCAGAUCAAUUCCGUUACUUCAUUUGAAGCAGAAUCGGUUAACAUGAUUGAAGAACAAACCACAACUGCAGAUGAAGUUACACCAAACUCUCAAGAGUCUACAAUUGUUGAAGAAAUAUUGCACACAAACGAUAAUGACACUCCAUCAACUGAAAUAGUCACAGUGAAUGAGGCAGAAAAUAAUCUAACUUGUGAUUCAAUCAUUGAAGAUACAAAUUCUCUAGUGAAUAAUACCACAAUCUUAUCAGAAAAUACUGUUGAUGAAUCUAACCCAAUCACAGACCACUCUACAGUUGCUGAAGAAGUCAGUGAAGAGGGAGAGCAAUUUCAAGAAUCUGGUAUAGAAGCUCACAUAGAAGAAGAAGAAGAAACUAUAGAAAAUAUUGCUAGAGAUAUCAGUGAAAGUCAAAAUAAGGAACAGUGCAUAACAACCGACCAAACGAAAGAGGUAGCGCCCUUAAUCGAAAUAGCAAAAGAACAUAUAGAAAAUUUAACUUCUGAAUGGUCAGAAGAGGAGAAUGAAAUAACUGUAGCAGAGGAAAGUACUGUAUCAAACGCUAAUGUAGUCGAACAAAAUGAUGACGUCACGGCUUUAGCUGAAACUGAAGAAUCCAUUGAAAAUAUUCAAAAAGAAGUGAAUAAACAAGUGUCUGGUGAGUUAGCAGUAGCAGAAGAUGACAUUCCAUCACUGAGUGAUUCUCCUGGUAACUCACAAACUGAUACAAAGAAAAGUGAAACUGUAACACCAAUUCCACAUGAGAAAAUCUCAUCCCUACUCAAUGAUUGGGAUGACAAUGAUUCUCAGGAAGAAGAUACACCUGCCAAUAAUGACAAUGAUCCGAAUAUACAAUCUUCGAACAUUGAAACACCAGAUGAAAACAUAAGUACAGUAAUAAUUGAUAACAGUGUUACAAAUGAUAACAUUGUUACAGAUGAUAAUGAUGGUACAGUUGAUAAAGGUGUAAUAAAUAAGAACGAUAAUAUAAGGAGUUUAGUUAGUGAUUGGGAUGAGGAUGAGGAAGAGGAAAAUAGGGAUUGAUCUAGAAGUACAGAGUAACUUGAUGUCAAAUUAUUACUAAAGAUCGUUUCAACGAACAGUUCCUAUGGCGUUAUGUUGGCUCCCCUGUCUGUCUUAGUCAUUGGCACGAGAAGACGCAGACUUUGUUUAUUUUCAUUUCAUUCAUUCAUGAAAAUCAAAUGAAAAUAAACAAAAUCUGCGUUUUCUCAUGCCAAUAUGUUGCCAAUGACUUAGCCAGACAGGGGAGCCAACAUAACGCCAUAGGAACUGUUCGCUGAAACGAUCUAUAUACAUACAUGACUUCAAACUCAUCCCAUGGCAAAAUAUACAUAAAAUAAUGGGCCUAAACCAGGGAUGGACUUUUUGAUUGAUGGUGUUUCAGAAAAAGGUAGUUUUAAAUAUUGACAUUAUUUAUAUGUAAUGAGCUUUUUCUGUAUCAAAUCAAAUUAAGCUAAUGUAUUACUACUAAUUAAAUAAGAAUCUGUAAGCUAUACUUAUUAAUGUUUUAAAUAUUACAUUAGAAAACUUAAAAUAACUGGGUAAUUUAAGUGUAACAUGUAACAACUUUAAUACAUAGGUAUUUUAAUUUUAAUGAAGCAUAAUAGUACUUGUAAGCAAAAAUUAUGGAAGAUGUUUAAUUUAGAAGAUAGGAUUUUCUACAGAUACAUACCUACAUGUAUAAUUUUUUUUGUGUAUUACAGCAUUUUGCAUGCACUUUUAAAAAAAAUGAUACAAUCGCUAUGACAAAGUAUCUAGGUAUAAGUAACUUUUGUAUUUUUAUCUUUGUAUAAUUUGCCUAAAAAAGUCCAAUUAGACCAGUCAGAUAUGUUCAUCACAAAAUGAAAGAUUAGGUACUUUUCAAAUUGUUAUAAUUUUAUAGGUAAUUUUAAACAUAGGUAACUUACUGUUUUAUGAUCAAGAUAGUUUGUGUAAGUACCUAAGCUAGGUAGGUACCACCUGUAAUUCAAAUGAAUUAUAAAAAUAUUAUUGUA